UCUUCUUCUUCUUCUUCUUCUGCUCUCUGUCGCCGUUCCUUCGCCAUCGCUGUACCACUAGUCCUGAGGUUAACAACUUCUUUGGCUAGUCUCCUGUGUUGGAGGGCAAUGACUAAAGCUUGUGGAACUAAUAUGGAAAAGAAAAAGGAGAAAGUUGAUUCUGGAUUGGAUAUUAAGUCUAUGGUUCAUCAGCAUAGUGAAUAUUUCGAUACAAUGGUAGAGCUCAUCCCUGCGAGAUUCUACUUACCUGAUGAGACGGAAAGGAAGUGGUUUCCAGGUCUUAGCAAGGCUCAAAAAGCUAAAGCCAAGAGGAAAACAACUGAGAAUCUUAAGAAAGCAAGGAGGGAUCGGUUGGAUCCUGAGAAGUCUGCUUUGACGACUCUUGAUUUGCUGAAACAGAAGAUAGAGAAGGAGAAGCUGAGUAAUGAGGUUUCUGAUGAUGAUGAUGACAGUGAGGAGGAAACUGAUAACCAGAAGGCAAAGACUGAUUCAGUUACUUACGAGGAGCUGAGGCACCGUCUUCACCGCAAGAUUGAUGAGCUUAAAGGUGGUCGUGGAGGUUCAGACAGACCAAGAAACCAUGAAAGGACCAAGAAGAAGAAGAUUGUGCCUAAUAAGAGAAAGAGGGAGUCAAGUUCUGAGGAGAAGACUGUUGAGGAGAAUAAAGGUAAGGCUAAGCUGGAUGUGGAAGAGGCUGCUAAGGACCUUACGUUCGGUUACGUCAAGAUUGAUGACGAUGAAGAACACGGAAAGGAUAAAAAGAAACGAAGGCUUUCCAAGUCAAGAGAGCUUGAAAGGGCUUUGAAGUUAGAGGCUGCAAAGAAGGAUCCAGAGAAAGGUGAAGUGAUUGCAAAGAAGCACUCGUGGCAGGCAGCUACAAACAGAGCAGCUGGUAUCAAGGUUCAUGAUGACCCAAAGCUACUGAAGCAAAGCAUCCACAAGGAGAAGAAGAGGCAGGAGAAGAACGCAGAGAAGUGGAAGGAAAGAGUUGAAGGACAACAGAAGGUUAGAGUGGAGAAGCAGCAAAAGAGAUCAGGGAAUAUUGCUGAUAGGAUUGAACAGAACAAGCUGAGGAAGAUAGCCAAGAGGGAGAAGAAGCUCCUGCGCCCUGGCUUUGAAGGUCGUAAAGAAGGGUUUAUCAAUGAUGGAAAGUAAAAACUCAAAUCUUCCAAGAUGUGAUCAUCUCAGAGGCUGUGAAGAACAUCUCUUACUGUUCUGGGAAUUUUCAUCUAGUCAAGCCCAUAGCAAUAUCAGUUAUCUUUUAGUUCGUUUUGUUUUGUAGUUUGCAGACUUAUCAAAUGUUUGUUACACAAUGUGUUCCUUAAAGUUUUUGGUCUUAUCAAGUUUUGAUAUAGAAUUUAACUAAACCGAGUUGUAUCCUGUUGAUUUCGGUUUAGCCUGGCUCCAUGUAUAGUUCUAG